AUGGAAUUCCAAUGGAAAUUCAUCUUUUCUAUAUUCAUAUUUUGCUCUGUUAGCAAAGCAGUCAAUGUGCCAUGUUUUGCCGGAUCAUAUUGUGAUUUACAAAAAAGCAUUACACCUACUCUCUGUGCAGAGGGUACUUUUAGUCUUGCAGGUGCAUCAAAAUGUAUAACAUGUCCAAAUGGUUAUUAUCAAUUAUCUAAAGGCAAAAGCUUUUGUGAAGAGUGUCCUCCGGGAUCAUUUUGUGUUGAUCCAGCAUUGCCACCUGUACCUUGUGCAUUGGGUAAGCACAAUCCAUCACGUCGACAAACAGUCUGCUCACAAUGCCCUUUUGGAGCUUUUACGGAACGUACUGGUGCCACGGUAUGUACACCUUGUUUAGCUGGUCACUAUUGUGAUAAUCCUGCUGAAAAUCCCAAACCAUGCCCAACAGGAAGCUACAGUGGUGUUUCACAAUCAACUUGCUCACGAUGUUUAGAUGGAUAUUAUGCAGAUAAAGUCGGUUCAACAUAUUGCAACAUUUGCCCACCAGGACAUCGAUGUCCAGAUCCCACCAGAGGCUCUGAGAAGUGUCCACCUGGCACAGCAACUUCAUUACUUGGACAAACACAAUGUACACCGUGUAGUAAUGGAAACUAUAGCGAUGAUUUCGGAGCAUCAUCUUGCGCAUGGUGCCUCCCUGGAUCUGACUGCUUAAAUCCAGCAGAAUCACCAAGAAAAUGUAGACCAGGUACUUUCAGUAUCGGUGGACAAUCUCAAUGCAGUCCAUGUCCAUGGGGAUACUACACAUUAGAUAUUGGAGCUACAUUUUGCACUAUUUGUGGUCCUGGUCGCUAUUGUCCACAAGCUGAUUUAGCACCAGUCGAUUGUUCUAUCGGAACGGCCAGCGCUCAAGUUGGAUUAGCGGUUUCAUGUCCAUCUUGUGCUUCUGGAGCAUAUGCACAUGUACCAGGUCUUGCCUACUGCAUUAUGUGCCCUCCAGGGUAUUGGUGUUCAUCAACUAGAUCUGGCCCAUUACCUUGCCCAUCAAAUCAACGAUCAGGACAAAUAACAUGUUCAAUCGAAAAUAUUAUUGGUUGA